AUGCAUUCCAACAGUAAUUCCCCUACUCCCGACACAGUCUUCCUAGAAGCAUGCGACAUCUACUUCCAACACUGCCACAAUAAGCCCUACGGCUUCUUCAACGCCGAACUCUUCCAACAAAAAGCAGCAAAAAAUCAAGUACCCCUCCAUCUUCGCCUCGCAUUAAUCGCAACCGCCACUCGCUACUCCUCCUGUUCGCAAUGGAGGGAAAGGAAACAGAGCACGAUCGAUGGCUACGCCCGAUGCUCGUGGGAACUUAUCGUGAUGUCGCAGAAUGGGCUAGAUGAUACCGACGAUGUGACGGUGAUUCAAGCCCUUGCCUUACUGGCUGUGAUCGAUGCCACCGCUGGCCGGCGGCGCGGUGCCUGGGUGAAGAUUGGUAUGGCAGUGCGAAUCAGCCAAGAUCUACAAUUGAUGCUUGAACCAAGUGCAAAUUUCUCCAGCUUGGAGCGUGCUGAACGGAGGAAUCUCUUCUGGUCAUUAUAUCUUCUUGAUCGCUUCGUGUGCUGUUCCUUUCAACGACCGCCCGCCAUCAAGGACUCGGAUUGUCUCCUUACGUUACCCACGGAUCGGAAUUCGGGGAAAAGAGAGUCGAAAAUGACAUUGAAGAGUCUAUUAGACGAGAAGAACCGAGAUACGUCGCUCCGUCCAGGAAUGUUCGGUAUCAGCAUUGCAUUGGUGUCUGUACUCGGCCGGACAAUCAAGUGUGUGAUGAACACGGAGAACGAUCAAGAAAAGCCCUGGCAUUCGGAUUCGGAAUACCGAAGGAUUCACAGUGACUUGGAGUAUUUGAAGGAACUAGCAGUGAACAACAGCCCAGUUCUUGCUGCGCCGGGCCAGGCUCGUCCUCAGGAUGAAAUGCAGGACCGCGAUCGCGAGCGGAUUGCACAUAUGGUGCUUUCUCACACAUUAUAUCACCUUUCCCACUGCAUUCUCAGCCAUCCAUAUCUUCUGAGUUUGAAGAUUCAGUCUCUUUCCUCAUCCGAUAUGCCUUCUCCCUGGCUGGAAGAAACCCGCUCAGCGUGUCUGGUACAUGCUGGUUCUUUGAUCACCGUUCUUGUCGAGGCCAAGGCAGCGGGAUACAUGCCCGUUCCCUCGGUGUACAGCUACUGCAUUCUAGUAGCGAGUACCAUUCACGCUCUUUACCUACACAGCGACGAUGUAGUCAUCAGCCACAGCUCGGCAGAGUACCUCAAAACCUCACUCGAGUACCUGAGUGAAAUCUCCGAACUAUGGACAAACGCACAAAUGAUGGCCAACGCGCUAAAAUCCUUCGCCCUCCAAUGCACCCGCUACAGCGCACUCCUCCUCCGCUCCCACCCCCUCCUCGACGAACUAACACACACCGAAUCAGCCGUCCUCCGCUCCGUCCUCGACUACUGGGCCAUGAUGGACCCACACAACCCCGUCUUCGAGAUAGCGCAAAAGGGAGGAGCCGACGGGCUUCUCGAUCUGCCUGAUAUCGGAUUCGGGCCGGGUUAUCUAACGCCACCUACGCCGUGUGCAGCGGAGGGGAUCACGUUGGGGGUGGAGAUGUCUCAGUGCGGUGCUGCUGGGCUGGGCGAGCUGGGCCAGCAGAAGAAUGGGAAUUCGGUGGAUCCUGAUAUUUUGAUUCAGUGGCCGGUGUCGAUUAUGUCACCGAUGGCAUCGGAGGAUGGGAGGUCGCCGAGGUGGGAUUGGGAUUCGGAACUGAGUGCUAUGAAUGAUUAG